GUCAAUAAUAAUUUAAUUGUACAUUUUCAAAUAACUUAAAGAGUAUAAUUGGAUUGUUUGUAACACAAAGGAUAAAUACUUGAGAAGAUGGAUAACCCAUUUUCCAUAACAUGAUUAUUACGCAUUGCGUGCCUAUAUCAAAACAUCUCAUAUAGCCUUUUGGCUCUGUGAGCAGCACCAUGGCUGUUGGCAAGAACAAGCACCUUAGGAAAGGUAGCAAAAAGGGAGCCAAAAAUAAAGUGGUUGAUCCAUUUUCUAAGAAAGAUGGGUGUGAUGUAAAAGCACUUGCUAUGUUCAGUAUAAGAAAUAUUGGAGAGAUGCUAGUCACCAGGACUCAAGGAACCAAAAUUGCAUCUGAUAGCCUCAAGGGUCGUGUGUUUGAAGUGAGUCUUGCUGAUCUGCAGAAUGAUGAAGUUGCAUUUAGAAAAUUCAAGCUGAUUGCUGAAGAUGUUCAGGAUAAAAACUGACUAACUUCCAGGGCAUGGAUUUACCCGUGACAAAAUGUGUUCCAUGGUCAAAAAAUGGCAGACCAUGACUGAACCUCACGUUGAUGUCAAGACUACCAAUGGUUAUUUGUUUCAUCUACUCCGUGUUGACUUUACUAAAAAACACAACAAUCUGAUACAGAAGGCCUCUUAUGCUCAGCACCAACAGGUCUGCGAAAUCCAGAAGAAAAUGAUGGAAAUUAUGACCUGAAAGGUGCAAAUG